UUGCCCAUGUGCAUGUUGCGAACUGUCAACAUUGCCCUGCAAGCGUCUCCAAGAGGAUCAGAGAGAAGUCUCGUUGCUGAAUUAAUCUUAUCCCUUCUUCUUCUUUGGAAACUACACCUCCAGCUCUUAUCAACAUGAAGGUUGUCGGAUCUACCUGCGCCCUGAAGAGCAAGGUCGGCGGCGAGGACAUGGUGCGCUGCCUGUCCGACCAGAGCCUCACCAUCUCAAAGUGCAAGAUCCCGCUGCUGGACGAGCAGAUGACCGUCUUCCUCCAGGACAUGAACAGCUGCUACAGCAAGCUGAAGGAGCUCGUGCCCACACUGCCAACUAACAAGAAGGCCAGCAAAGUGGAGAUCCUACAGCACGUCAUUGACUACAUCUGGGACCUGCAGGUAGAGCUGGACGAGCCGGAGAAGAGCCGCCAGCUGUCCAACAGCAACGUGCCCCGCACACCGCUGACCACCCUGAACGCAGAGCUCGCCAGCAUCACAGUGGAGAACGGAUGCUCAGAUGACAGGAUUAUGUGCCGUUAAAGAGCCCCGUGGAGCAUCCAACAUCCACCCCACAGCGAGCACCGCGAAGAACGAACAAGGCUACGUGAUGUGACGACAACAUCAAUAAAAACCUUGAACUGUGUAGGGACGUUUCAAACUCCCAAAUGCUAGAAAAACAACGUUGUGUGGACAUCUUCCGCCGGUGAGGAUCUCUUAUCACUCAGGGCUCUCGAUUCAUCAGAGGGCCCUGAGAGAAGACGACCGGUGGUGUCCAGAUACAGACUGGGUUAGCCAGGGGGACCAAGACAAGUUCAGUGCAACUAGCGUCGCUUGUUGCUUGUAGAGUUUCUAAAGAAAGCUAAUGUUUCUGUUACGCUCUUUGUAUCAUGUGUAAACCAUAUAGAGAAUUCAACAUUUUGUAAAAGAAAAAAAAGUACAUUUCUCAGAUUCCUGAGCGACAAACUGUAUUGUAUAUUACAAUGCCACAUUAUGUGAAGAUAUUGUUUUCUUACAAUGUACCUUAUUGGUGUUUUUAUUAAAACAAGACAAUUAUUUUUGAACACGAA